GAAGGGAUACGUAGCACAAACAUCGCCUAAGUGGUAGCUUGAUAUAACUAUAUCAUCCAUGUGCUGGAAAAGAGUGUGUCAUUGCAUUAAGAUAGGCUUUUCUUGGCUUGAAGAGGCAGGAUAUUUAUCAAUGCGGAGUUGUCAAUUUUCUUUUUGGUUGGAGGAGGCAUGCCACAAACAUCGCCUAGAAUAACUAAGUUGCCUGUUAGAUCUAGAUCCAAGUCAAAUCCUCUUCUCUAGUUCUAUAUAUAUGAAACAAAAGCCACAAAAGAAGUACAACUUGAGAACAUAGAAUUCGACCUUUCAAUUCAACAAGAAAAAAAAAAAUGGCUCCCUCACCUUUGAGAUCGAAAACCACCCUAAAGCAUGCUCGUUCUAGCAGCUUUCCCUCCACAUCUCACCCUAUUGUGUCUCAAUUCGAUGAGAAGCUGUCUAGACUUGCAUCUUCUUCAGAGGCUACUUCUUCCUCCCUUUCAUCCUUCACUUGUAGGCUUGGUGAUCUUGAAAACUUAUUGGGUUACACGGAAGAUUUGCUUCAACUACCACACGUUAAACAAGCCAUUUCACCGAACGUUGAUGAAUUAUUAGAGGGGUACCUCAAGGUAUUAGACAUUUGUGCCACCAUCAAAGAUUUUUUGUCGAAUGAUAAGCAAAAUAGACAAGACCUUCUUUCAGCACUUCGUAGAAGACGGAAUAUGGAUGACAUUUCUGGCUAUCUAACCUCUAGAAGGAAGUCCAAGAAGAUGAUACCAAAACUUCUCAAAAAUUUGAAGAGCAUGAUGAAGGAAAGUAACUUCACAUCAAAAAAGACUGAAACAUCGGCUGUUGUUGGAGAAUUGCAUGAUGUCCAGUUAGUCACUCUAGGACUAUUUAAGGCCUUGUUGUCCUAUGUCCAUGGAACAGGUUCUCAAUCAAGUAGUUGGUCCUUGUUGUCCAAGAGUAUGCUCUCGAAAAGUGAGGAAGUAGAAGCCAAUGAAUUUGACAAUGUUGAUGCUGCUGUGUGCUCACUUCUCAGUCACAAUAAGACUAGCAAAUACGAAGAAUUGACGAGUCAGCUGCGAGAGAUGGAGGCAACCAUUGAGGUUCUUGAAGAAGGGAUUGAAUGUUUUUUCAGGCGUUUAAUCAAAACCCGAGCAUCCCUCCUCAAUGUUUUCAAUCACUAGCUAGUCAAGAAUGGAUGUUGCCUAUCCAAAAGUUAUGUACUACAGUAACACGUGUACAUUUUAUGAUACACAUCAAAAUGAAAUACAAGAUCA